GGGGAGUGACCCCGGAGAGCGCCGCUCCGGGUCCCGCCGCUCUCCGCGCGCCCUUGGGUCACCCUCGUGUCCUGGGGGACGCGGACUCCAGCGCCCAGAACUUCUACCCCACGCAGGGCAGUGAGUUCUGAGGCCAGAGGUUACCUGGGGGAUGGGAGGGAGCUUGAAAUGUUUUUCCUUUGGAGAGGUGACCUGCCAGGUGAUUUCGUGCCCUGCUUCAACUCCCCUUUAAACCUGUUCCUCGUCCUUUCUGUAUCCGUAGUGCAUUUGACUUACCUGUAUUUUUAUAUGCUAACUUCCGAAGGUGGUGUACUGGUUAAACCCAAAGUUAAAGUGUUGGAGGUCAAAGUUAGGCUUUGUGAAAGAUGCCAUUUCUGUUAUGUUGUGUAAAAGCACAAAGCUGGAUUCAGGAGUUCUGAGCGACACAAAACUGCACAUCACGUGUUCUGAAUUUACAUGAUUAAUCUGAAUUAACGUGAUUUUGCCCCCCACCCCCCACAUUCCGCUACCAAAAAUACAUGAGGUCUUUUAUUUGCAGUUGGGUAUCUUUGUGUUCCUUUUUGAAUGUUUAAUGCAGUCAAAUAUUGUUAUAACCUGUAUUGUUAUUGAGUGGCAUUUAUAUGGAAAUCGGUUCUUUGCAUUUCUUUUUAUGUGUCUUUAAAAGAUACAUUCUUUCAACAGAAAAGUUUCAGUUUAAAGUUUGUCUUCCGAUUCCUGUUCAGUUUCAGAUUAGUUUUUAAUUUUAAAAAGUAUUUGCUUGAAGUAAGAUUAAUGUGAUACAGUAGUAUCGUUUAGGCAGGGGUCCAGAAAUGGUACAGAAAUUAAAUUUAAGGCAAACCUUUCCUUUUCACAAGUGGAAAAACCAAGGAGUUUUUUCAGCGCGAAUGCUACUUGCCCUCCCCCUUACAUGAUUAUUUUGCCACAGAUCUGAAAUUACAUUUCACUAUUACCAGAGAGUUUCUUGUCUAAGCCUGGCAGAGAAAAGGAAGCCUAAGUAUAAUGUGUUUUUUAAAAACAUGAGACCGUUCUUUUACUUGUCUUCUACGUUGACUUUAUGCUUUAUAGUCGGAGGCAGCUGUUCAUUUGGAAACUUCAUUAGGGAGUUAGUUGCAAGCUCAAUUUAAAUAUAUGAUGUGUUCUCAAGGUGAUCGGAGCAGCUAUUUCCUCUUCAAGAAUUGAAUUGAGACUUCUUUGCUUUGUAAUAGUGGGCUUCUCCAAAGACACCCUGAAUCCGAGGACUGCUGAAUUGUGGAACAUCUGGUGGAAAAUAGCAAGAGGUGACAGAAAUGCUAAUGGGGCAGUGAGAUGUAGACUUCAGGCAGAAUUGUUGUACCUGUCGAGUUGGAGGUAAGAUGUGCUUUAUCAGUAGCUCAGCUAUUUAAAAAAUUUGUGGCCAUAUGGGGAUAUGAUUGUUUAAAACCAAAUCUAGUCAACUGGAGGAUUUUGGAAAUUGUCACUUUCAAAUGCUGUUGGACUGACUGCAUUGCACAGAUGAUGGAUAUUUACGUAUGUUUGAAACGACCAUCCUGGAUGGUGGACAAUAAAAGAAUGAGGACUGCUUCAGAUUUCCAGUGGCUGUUAUCAACAUUUAUUCUUCUAUAUCUAAUGAAUCAAGUAAAUGGCCAGAAAAAGGGGGCUCCUCAUGAUUUGAAGUGUGUAACUAACAAUUUACAAGUGUGGAACUGUUCUUGGAAAGCACCCUCUGGGACAGGCCGUGGUACUGAUUAUGAAGUUUGCAUUGAAAACAGGUCCCGUUCUUGUUAUCAGUUGGAGAAAACCAGUAUUAAAAUUCCAGCUCUUUCACAUGGUGAUUAUGAAAUAACAAUAAAUUCUCUACAUGAUUUUGGAAGUUCUACAAGUAAAUUCACACUAAAUGAACAAAACGUUUCCUUAAUUCCAGAUACUCCAGAGAUCUUGAAUUUGUCUGCUGAUUUCUCAACCUCUACAUUAUACCUAAAGUGGAACGACAGGGGUUCAGUUUUUCCACACCGCUCAAAUAUUAUCUGGGAAAUUAAAGUUCUACGUAAAGAGAGUAUGGAGCUCGUAAAAUUAGUGACCCACAACACAACUCUGAAUGGCAAAGAUACACUUCAUCACUGGAGUUGGGCCUCAGAUAUGCCCUUGGAAUGUGCCAUUCAUUUUGUGGAAAUUAGAUGCUACAUUGACAAUCUUCAUUUUUCUGGUCGCAAAGAGUGGAGUGACUGGAGCCCUGUGAAGAACAUUUCUUGGAUACCUGAUUCUCAGACUAAGGUUUUUCCUCAAGAUAAAGUGAUACUUGUAGGCUCAGACAUAACAUUUUGUUGUGUGAGUCAAGAAAAAGUGUUAUCAGCACUGAUUGGCCAUACAAACUGCCCCUUGAUCCAUCUUGAUGGGGAAAAUGUUGCAAUCAAGAUUCGUAAUAUUUCUGUUUCUGCAAGUAGUGGAACAAAUGUAGUUUUUACAACCGAAGAUAACAUAUUUGGAACGGUUAUUUUUGCUGGAUAUCCACCAGAUACUCCUCAACAACUGAAUUGUGAGACACAUGAUUUAAAAGAAAUUAUAUGUAGUUGGAAUCCAGGAAGGGUGACAGCAUUGGUGGGCCCACGUGCUACAAGCUACACUUUAGCUGAAAGUUUUUCAGGAAAAUAUGUUAGACUUAAAAGAGCUGAAGCACCUACAAACGAAAGCUAUCAAUUAUUAUUUCAAAUGCUUCCAAAUCAAGAAAUAUAUAAUUUUACUUUGAAUGCUCACAAUCCGCUGGGUCGAUCACAAUCAACAAUUUUAGUUAAUAUAACUGAAAAAGUUUAUCCCCAUACUCCUACUUCAUUCAAAGUGAAGGAUAUUAAUUCAACAGCUGUUAAACUUUCUUGGCAUUUACCAGGCAACUUUGCAAAGAUUAAUUUUUUAUGUCAAAUUGAAAUUAAGAAAUCUAAUUCAGUACAAGAACAGCGGAAUGUCACAAUCAAAGGAGUAGAAAAUUCAAGUUAUCUUGUUGCUCUGGACAAGUUAAAUCCAUACACUCUAUAUACUUUUCGGAUUCGUUGUUCUACUGAAACUUUCUGGAAAUGGAGCAAAUGGAGCAAUAAAAAACAACAUUUAACCACAGAAGCCAGUCCUUCAAAGGGACCUGAUACUUGGAGAGAGUGGAGUUCUGAUGGAAAAAAUUUAAUAAUCUAUUGGAAGCCUUUACCCAUUAAUGAAGCUAAUGGAAAAAUACUUUCCUACAAUGUAUCGUGUUCAUCAGAUGAGGAAACACAGUCCCUUUCUGAAAUCCCUGAUCCUCAGCACAAAGCAGAGAUACGACUUGAUAAGAAUGACUACAUCAUCAGCGUAGUGGCUAAAAAUUCUGUGGGCUCAUCACCACCUUCCAAAAUAGCGAGUAUGGAAAUUCCAAAUGAUGAUCUCAAAAUAGAACAAGUUGUUGGGAUGGGAAAGGGGAUUCUCCUCACCUGGCAUUACGACCCCAACAUGACUUGCGACUACGUCAUUAAGUGGUGUAACUCGUCUCGGUCGGAACCAUGCCUUAUGGACUGGAGAAAAGUUCCCUCAAACAGCACUGAAACUGUAAUCGAAUCUGAUGAGUUUCGACCAGGUGUAAGAUAUAAUUUUUUCCUGUAUGGAUGCAGAAAUCAAGGAUAUCAAUUAUUACGCUCCAUGAUUGGAUAUAUAGAAGAAUUGGCUCCCAUUGUUGCACCAAAUUUUACUGUUGAGGAUACUUCUGCAGAUUCGAUAUUAGUAAAAUGGGAAGAGAUUCCUGUGGAAGAACUUAGAGGCUUUUUAAGAGGAUAUUUGUUUUACUUUGGAAAAGGAGAAAGAGACACAUCUAAGAUGAGGGUUUUAGAAUCAGGUCGUUCUGACAUAAAGGUUAAGAAUAUUACUGACAUAUCCCAGAAGACACUGAGAAUUGCUGAUCUUCAAGGUAAAACAAGUUACCACCUGGUCUUGCGAGCCUAUACAGAUGGUGGAGUGGGCCCGGAGAAGAGUAUGUAUGUGGUGACAAAGGAAAAUUCUGUGGGAUUAAUUAUUGCCAUUCUCAUCCCAGUGGCAGUGGCUGUCAUUGUUGGAGUGGUGACAAGUAUUCUUUGCUAUCGGAAACGAGAAUGGAUUAAAGAAACCUUCUACCCUGAUAUUCCAAAUCCAGAAAACUGUAAAGCAUUACAGUUUCAAAAGAGUGUCUGUGAGGGAAGCAGUGCUCUUAAAACAUUGGAAAUGAAUCCUUGUACCCCAAAUAAUGUUGAGGUUCUGGAAACUCGAUCAGCAUUUCCUAAAAUAGAAGAUACAGAAAUAAUUUCCCCAGUAGCUGAGCGUCCUGAAGAUCGCUCUGAUGCAGAGCCUGAAAACCAUGUGGUUGUGUCCUAUUGUCCACCCAUCAUUGAGGAAGAAAUACCAAACCCAGCCGCAGAUGAAGCCGGAGGGACUGCACAGGUUAUUUACAUUGAUGUUCAGUCGAUGUAUCAGCCUCAAGCAAAACCAGAAGAAGAACAAGAAAAUGACCCUGUAGGAGGGGCAGGCUAUAAGCCACAGAUGCACCUCCCCAUUAAUUCUACUGUGGAAGAUAUAGCUGCAGAAGAGGACUUAGAUAAAACUGCGGGUUACAGACCUCAGGCCAAUGUAAAUACAUGGAAUUUAGUGUCUCCAGACUCUCCUAGAUCCAUAGACAGCAACAGUGAGAUUGUCUCAUUUGGAAGUCCAUGCUCCAUUAAUUCCCGACAAUUUUUGAUUCCUCCUAAAGAUGAAGACUCUCCUAAAUCUAAUGGAGGAGGGUGGUCCUUUACAAACUUUUUUCAGAACAAACCAAACGAUUAACAGUGUCACCGUGUCACUUCAGUCAGCCAUCUCAAUAAGCUCUUACUGCUAGUGUUGCUACAUCAGCACUGGGCAUUCUUGGAGGGAUCCUGUGAAGUAUUGUUAGGAGGUGAACUUCACUACAUGUUAAGUUACACUAAAAGUGUUCAUGUGCUUUUAAUGUAGUCUAAAAGCCAAAGUAUAGUGACUCAGAAUCCUCAAUCCACAAAACUCAAGAUUUGGAGCUCUUUGUGAUCAAGCCAAAGAAUUCUCAUGUACUCUACCUUCAAGAAGCAUUUCAAGGCUAAUACCUACUUGUACGUACAUGUAAAACAAAUCCCGCCGCAACUGUUUUCUGUUCUGUUGUUUGUGGUUUUCUCAUAUGUAUACUUGGUGGAAUUGCAAGUGGAUUUGCAGGCCAGGGAGAAAAUGUCCAAGUAACAGGUGAUGUUUAUUUGCCUGACGUUUACUCCUUUCUAGAUGAAAACCAAGCACAGAUUUUAAAACUUCUAAGAUUAUUCUCCUCUAUCCACAGCAUUCACAAAAAUUAAUAUAAUUUUUAAUGUAGUGACAGCGAUUUAGUGUUUUGUUUGAUAAAGUAUGCUGAUUUCUGUGCCUACUGUAUAAUGGUUAUCAAACAGUUGUCUCAGGGGUACAAACUUUGAAAACAAGUGUGACACUGACCAGCCCAAAUCAUAAUCAUGUUUUCUUGCUGUGAUAGGUUUUGCAAGCCUUUUCAUUAUUUUUUAGCUUUUAUGCUUGCUUCCAUUAUUUCAGUUGGUUGCCCUAAUAUUUAAAAUUUACACUUCUAAGACUAGAGACCCACAUUUUUUUAAAAUCAUUUUAUUUUGUGAUACAGUGACAGCUUUAUAUGAGCAAAUUCAAUAUUACUCAUAAGCAUAUAAUUCCAGUGACUUAUUAUGUGAGAUGACUACUAAGCAAUAUCUAGCAGCAUUAGCUGUCCAUAUAGUUCUGAUUGGAUUUCGUUCCUCCUGAGGAGACCAUGCCAUUGAGCUUGGCUACCCAGGCAGUGGUGAUCUUUGACACCUUCUAGUGGAUGUUCCUCCCACUCAUGAGUCUUUUCAUCAUGCCAGAUUAUCUGAUCCAGUCCUCACAUUUUUAAAUAUAAAACUAAAGAGAGUGCUUCUUACAGGAACAGUUACCCAAGGGCUGUUUCUUAGUAACUGUCAUAAACUGAUCUGAGUCCAUGGGCAUACCUGUGUUGCAGGUGCAGCAAUUGCUUGGUGAGCUGUGCAGAAUUGAUUGCCUUCAGCACAGCAUCCUCUGCCCACCCUUGUUUCUCAUAAGCGAUGUCUGGAGUGAUUCUGGUUCUUGGAAAAGCAGAAGGAAAAACUAAAAAGUGUAUCUUGUAUUUUCCCUGCCCUCAGGUUGCCUAUGUAUUUUACCUUUUCAUAUUUAAGGCAAAAGUACUUGAAAAUUUUAAGUGUCCGAAUAAGAUAUGUCUUCUUUGUUUGUUUUUUUGGUUGGUUGGUUGUUUUUUAUCAUCUGAGAUUCCGUAAUGUAUUUGCAAAUAAUGGAUCAAUUAAUUUUUUUUGAAGCUCAUAUUGUAUCUUUUUAAAAACCAUGUUGUGGAAAAAAGCCAGAGUGACAAGGGACAAAAUCUAUUUAGGUUCUUUGUGUAUGAAUCCUGAUUUUAACUGCUAGGAUUCAGCUAAAUUUCUGAGCUUUAUGAUCUGUGGAAAUUUGGGAUGAAAUGCAAUUCAUUUUGUACAUACAUAGUAUAUUAAAACUAUAUAAUAGUUCAUAGAAAUGUUCAGUAAUGAAAAAUAUAUCCAAUCAGAGCCAUCCCUAAAUAGUGUUCUCUUGUCUUCCUUUGUAUCCUCUUUGGCUCCUUCCCUUAGCUUCCACCCCAGACAUCAGACCUGGGGCUGCUUUCUCUCCCUGCCAAAGCUUGCUGUUAGCAUUGUCUGCUUGCCCUCAACUCCUGCCUUGUUCCCUGUUGAAAUGUAUCAAUCCUGUACUUUAUCUCUCCAGGACAAGGACAAGUGUGGCUACAGUAAAAGUUUAUUGCUCUAAACGACGCUAACCUGAGAUAACGAGAAAAGGCCAGAAGAGAUUGUUUGAUCUCUGCCUGUCAAUAUAUAUGCAUUUCAACUGUGACCAUCUGGAUCCAGGGCCCUUUCUAACCUAUAUAACGACUCAUUUGUUUGGUUAAUGAUGAAUAUCACUGGGGCUCUUAAGUCCUUUCGUUCUAUCCAAGACUUCAUUGUUUUUUCUGUAUAAAAAAAGUGCAGAGGCCGGGCGCGGUGGCUCACGCCUGUAAUCCCAGCACUUUGGGAGGCCGAGGCGGGUGGAUCACGAGGUCAGGAGAUCGAGACCAUCCUGGCUAACAUGGUGAAACCCCGUCUCUACUAAAAAAAAUACUAAAAAUUAGCCGGGCGUGGUGGCGGGCGCCUGUAGUCCCAGCUACUCGGGAGGCUGAGGCAGGAGAAUGGCGUGAACCCAGGAGGCGGAGCUUGCAGUGAGCCGAGAUCGCGCCACUGCACUCCAGCCUGGGCGACAGAGCGAGACUCCGUCUCAAAAAAAAAAAAAAAAAAAAAAAAGUGCAGAAUAUCACUCACCUUUUCCCUACUUUUGGAUCCCCUACACGAGGAUCACUAGCUUAAUGAGAAGCAGAGUAACACUAUUAAGUCUGGGCAAGCUCCUUAUAAGUUGCUGUGUGCUUAAAAGAAUGUGGUUUAUGUCUGGGGCCAAAGCAGUUUUCCUUCUUUUCCCUCAUUGAAUUCAAGACAGCUAGAUACUUGUGUAGAUCCCAGGGUAUUACCUCUACUCCCCGCAACCUGUGUGUGUAGGGAGAGUAACAACACGGGAAGAGGGGAGGGAAGUUGGAAGGAGAUUGGUCACAUAUUCAGUUGUCUGAGAUACUGGUAAAUGUGCGCUGUUUGUCAAUGAAGGUUGCAUGCGUCCAUUUACAAGGUGGUCUCAUACUGAUUGUGCUCUGUCCAGUUAGAUUCGUGGCUUCUCCCUUGGAAGCUACAAUUAAGGACUAGUUAGAAGCAGAGGCUAGAUGUGUUCUCUCCAGCCCUUACUGACUGGGAAAAUAAUUGAGAAAUCCCUCUUUUCCUCAGUGAAAGCCCAGUCAUUGGUUAGAAAAAUCUAAUUGUCAAACUAGCAUUAUGUUCCAUCAUAUCUGUGGGAUAGUAAUUCAUGUAAGAUACAUUUUUACCUCUCUUACAAGUCAAUUCACUUACAAGCCAGUUUCAAAUCAAGCUUCCCUUGCGAGGAAUGGAGAUCAUUAUGGGGCUUAUUAUGACUACAUUUCUUUUAUGAGUGACCAUUUUAAAUAAUAUUUUAUUUAAUAUUAAAUUAUUAAAGACUUAGCUAGACUUUUAACAUUAGAUGAACCUUGUGAAUCAUAUAUUGCAUAGAUUAGCACAUGUAUGCAAUCUAGGUCAUCAGUUUGUUGAAUUUAUACAGCCCUAGAUUUGAGAUUGUGGCCCUGAGUAUCUCGAUAGUUGAGUUGUGUGUUUAUGUGCUUAUGUGAUAGAGGUGCUUUGUUCCUGCAGCUUAGAAACAGAAGCAGCCAUUCAUUGAGAAGCUUAGGAGAGGAAGUAUCAACCUCAUUUUCCAAACCAGCAUUACUUUCACGGCUCAUGGAUCUGAAACAUUACAUUUAGAACAUUUAGUACUAUUACACUCUCAGAAACUGUGGUAAAAAGUCACAUUUUCAAAACUUCAUGCAUAUUGUAUUCUUGUUGGAAAUAAGUCCUGUAGUUUCUUAAUUGUCUUCAUGCCGUCCAUAUUUAACAAACAUUGCAAGUCCUUUUUGUAUUUGGGUAAUUAUUUGUAAUUUAGUGAAGGAGACUAGGGGAUGUUUUCUUCCAAAGGGAAUUUAAAAUCAGUUUUAUGGUAUUUUGAAAGUAAAAUACUCCUUAACAUGUCAAUAUUUUUAAAGUGUUAUCUCAAAGUUUUCUAUUGCUCAGGUAUAUAAUCUAAUAAAAUUUUUUGUUUGUUUGCUCUAAGGUUAUUUUUGCUAUUCUCUAUUUUGAAUUAUGUUAAAAUUUGUGUGCAUUUUAUGAAAUGCCUUUUUUCUUAUUUUGAAAGUGUAAAAUUGGGCAUCUCAGAGUAAAAUGUGGGAUUAUUAGCUACAAAGACUAGGCACAUCGUGAAAGCUCAGUAACUAAUUUUCUUGACUGAGUCCUAUCCCAGAGUGUCACAGAUUCAACAGAAUUUUCCUGAAGGGUGAUACACACCAAAAUCUAGCUUGUGUGGAUCUGAGACUAUUGACUCAAAGAUUCAAAUCUACUUCGGAAGUGACUCCACGGUUUGAGUGAAAACUGAGGAAGGACUCAUGCCUGUAUAUCACUAGAUAUCUUAUUUCUCCAUAAUUUUAAGUGUUCAUAAUUUCUUCUUCUUUGAUGGGUGUGCAACUGGGGCAUGUUUGUACCGGCCAGCGUGUGUUCUGCCCAACAGUGUGUCUGUGUGUGAGGUUAACUGAUUCAGAACUCAUUCUCUUGAUAAACUAUUUCUUGAAAGCAUUUAUUUUAAGUCUUUAUUUCCUGCUGAAAUGAAGUUUCAUGCUGUCAUGCCCAUCUUAUUCUAGAAGAAAAUUUCCAUAGAAGAAAAUGACUUAUGGCCAGAGUUACAGAACAUUCAUCUUUUAGACUUAGCCUUAGAAUAUCAUUGGAAAUUACUUGGCUUGAAUUUGGUUCAUUUUUAUCUUUAUGGAUUAUGUACCAGGGCUAUUAAUAAUACUUAAACCCCUUAUGUUCCUAUGGUGGUUAGAUUUUUUUAUUCCUUUUCAAUUAGUGCUGUUAAUUAUUACAUGGUCGUAUUCAUGCUUAUUACAGAUGAACUAUUUUUAGUGCCAGUGUAAAGGAUUAAGAAUAACAUUCAAUUAGUUGGCUAUUUCAGGCUUUAUUGUACAUGGUAAUGUUUCAGGGAGUGUGAUUUGGUCUAGAAUAUAUCCAGAUCCUUAUGAUAUUGGGUUAUGACAGGAUUCUAUUAUUUUUAGCCAUGAAUGGUGCUUACUUUUCCCUAUAUUAGGAAUGUUAAUAUUUGGAUUAUCAGAGUCCAUGUUAUAAACAGAAUUUACCUAUGCAAGACAAAUUCUAACUGUGCAACAUUUUCAUGAGAAUUAAAAGUUGUGUGUUAAGGGGAAAACCCUCUGAAUGUUUUUAUGUGUAAGUGCCUAAAGAACCAUAGAAACAGUACAUCAAAAGCUCUUAUAAAAGAAAAACUGAUUGAACAUUAGCCAGAAACAAAAUAUGAUUUACAUUUUUUUUUUUUGGUUGCUGGGACUGAAUACCCUAAAAACUAAGAGAUGUGAGUGGGGAAAAUGUCUAAUUGAUAAGAAAGUUGAUUUAUAUUAUAUUUACAUGCAUCUUCUAAGAUUGCCUUUACAGUAGCCAAUCAGAACUUUAAAAAAAAAAAAAAGCUAACAACAUAGAUCCUAUGUGUUGCCCUUAAGACUAAAAUACUUUGCACACGUGAUUGAAUGGCUCACUUAAGUUGUUGAAUUCCCUUAUACAUUUAAAGUGUACUUCCGUUUAGAAUUAUUCCAUUUUAAAUGGGUAACUUUCAGCUUCUGAACUAUUUUCCUAAACAUUCCAGUGGUGUGUUAUAAAAGAUCAAAAUAUCUCUAGUUGGUAAUACAAUUUUCAUUUAUAACGUGGAAAAGUUAACUGUUAGGUUUAACAUUAGUAUUAGUGUUUUGGCAAUUGCUCAUAGAAAAGAACACUGAAUAAUGGUUUUCAUACAACUUUUGUAAAACAUUCUUCUCCCAGUUUGAUUCCAAAUGCUUUUCCCCAAAUUGUCUAAUAUAUCAUAAGCUAGUGUUUCCUUCUAUUUAAUUUUUCCUUCCAACACAAUAUUUAGGAAAAAUAUGAAUAACAUUGUGAGUAGCGGGAGACAACACGAAAAAGAAACCUUUCAUUGUUGUGGAGGGGUAGGUAUUAUGUGAUUGAUGCCCUUCCUGGCAUUUGUUUUAUCCUGUUAUUUUCUCAAAAAAGAGCACGGCUUUUUCUUAAAUACAUUUAAAUUCAGAAUUGCUUGCAAAAGAUUGGCCUGGAUAGAUAGACAUCCUAGAUUUAAGAUAGUACCACCUUAAAGGUAUGUUGAAAGGUAAAAUAAAUCAUUUCAAAAUACUUAACUUUCCUAAUAAGAAUGUUAGGUUUUCUUCUCUUUCAUUAGCUGGCCAUAAGUCAAGGUCCUUAUAACACUAGGAAAUUACCUUUACUUUCAAAAUUGCAUUAUAGUGAAUUACUGUUUACAAAAUACACAUACUGUGAACAGAUAUAAGUUUCUGUCUUUUAUAAGGUUUGUAGAAUGAAUGUUUUUUUAAAGUGAGUAUUAUAUGUUAAAUAUUUUAAGUUUUUUAUAAAUACUAGUAACUGUUUACUAAUAUUUGUUUGGUCAAAUGCUUGUAAAUGUAGCUGAAAGAAGAUAGGGAGAAACUGCGGAUCCCAAACUGUUCCCUUUUUCAUUUCUUGAAAUGUUACCACUACAGACAUUUUUUUAAGGUGAAUAAACAGUUGUGAUGUGCUGUACCUAAAAUCAUGUUUAAUCGUAUAAGGAAACAUUUCAAUACACUUAUACAGGAAGAAAACUAUAGAUGAAGUACAUGUGUGUGAUUCAGUCUGAUUCACAGAAUUCUGAGAGUAAUAUGGAAUAAAACAACUCCACUUAGAUGAUAACUGAAGCAUUUCCUGCCUUGUGAAAAUUUGGAUAUUAAAUUGCUGUUAGAAUGGGAAAUUUGGACAACUUUAUAUCAUUGUAUAAUUUCAGAAUUUAGUUUCUGUAUCUUUUGGAAAACAUGAUUAUAGCAAAAACAUAGAAAAUAAUCUAUUACUAAAACACCAUAAAUGUAAAACUAGUAUGCUUGGCUGUUAACUCUAAAGAUGUUACUUAUGUCUGUUUUUAAAACAUGCAUGUAUUUAACAAUUUUAUCACAGUAUUGUCAUGGAAAAAAUAAAUAUAUUUUCUUACAUCUUA